AUGGAUGGAAAGCUUAAUACUAUAAGGUUGAUGUUCCCAGAUACUUCAGCAGAUGGUGUUAUCAAUGCUCUAAAGUUGAAUAACUGGAACAUGGAACAGACAAUAGACUACCUGUUGGCACAGUCAGAGGCAAGGGAGAUAGAGAACAAAGAACAGCAACAACAGCAACAGCAGCAGCCAGAGCAACAGCAGCAACAACAACAACAACAGCCAGCUCAAGAUGAGAAUGAUCGUAUAGUUAAUGAGUUUGUUAUGUUGGAGCAGUCCAUUCCAGAGCAGGUCGAGGCAAUCAUGAAGCAAGUCGAAGAGAUGAAGCAACUGCAAGAGGAUUUGAACAACCAACAAAUGAUACAGGAUCAACUAUUACAACAAAUUCGUGUACCAGAGCCACAGCCAGAACCUCAACCAGAGCCACAACCAGAGCUACAACAGUUAGAGCAACCAAAGAUAGAGGAGGAGGUAGUUGUGGAAGAGGAGGAGCAACUUCCAUCACUGGUCCAUGUGCCAGAAGAUGAGAGUGUACAUGGUACGCUUCAUUCUCAAGAGGUCAGCGAGGCCAUUGAACGUCUGAAUGAUAUUAUCAAAGAGAACCCAGAUCUCCAAGAGUGUCUGGUGAAGACUGAUGACCUUAACAACAACAACAACAACAACAACAAUGAUAACAACAACAACAACAAUAACAACAAUGACAACAUAAUCAAUGAAGAACUUAGAAAGAAACUUAGUGCAGACAUUGGAAAGGCGAUCGAGCAUUUGGAAAAGGUGGUCAACUCCUCACGAGAGAAGACUGGUCAGACACUCAAGUACCUCAAGGAGGAGAUCGAGUCAUGGAACAUUAAGAACGGUUUCCAGACCUUCACCUACAACUUUAGGAGAGAGUUGUCACACUUCCUCGACUCCUUUGCCAACUUUGUAUCGCCGGCACCAGCCACUCCCGAGGAGAAGCAGGCCCGUGCCGAGAGACGCUCAGAGUUGGAGAAGAAGCUCCAGGAGCUGAGGGAGCAGAAUGCCAAGCUGUCCGAGGAGAGACGUAUCGCCAUAGAGAAGAUCGAGAAGUUUGAGAAGGAUGCCGCUGCCCAACAACAACCAGAACAAGAACAGUAG